GAGAGGGGGAGAGAGAGAGAGAGAGAGAGAGCGAGAGAGAGAGAGAGAAAGAAAGACAGAUGGGGAAAAAUAAUGGAAAUAGGGGUAGAGAUAAGACAGGAGAGAGAAAAACUGCAGGGGAGUCUCUCCAGUUUGAUAGGAAGAGUGUAGCGUAGAAGAGGUGCUCAGAGCAGUUGACUGGCCGUGCACUCACAGCACAGCCUCUCAAUCAGUGCACUUGGCUAUGCUUAUUCAGGAAAAACACACACACAUACAAAAACACACACAAGGAGGAAGGAGCUGGGAGCUGGGAAGGCAGCCCAGGAGAAGGAAACCAAAUGGGGCAGAGCGCCUGAGUUUAAGAUCCAGCAGCUGUCUCAAGGGGGGCAGGGGGGGCCUCCAGACAAGCAUCGGCCAGCCAGUCAACGGGCCAGCCAUGGGGAGCUACCAGGCAGCAGACAGAGAGAGGAGAAACCAGAAGAGCAUGUACCCAGCAGGACAGACCCUACCAGCAGCACUGCAGCUCCCCAACACCAGACGGCCACUACCAGAGAUGCAAGACAAUCGCGCUGAGUGGGUGCUGACUAAUUAGCUCUCACCCCUGAGCGGUUUAAACAGGGGUUGAAGGGGGGUUGCGGUCAACAGAUGUGGUCGUUGCGGAGGGCCAUGGGGCCAGAGCCAUCGCGGGGGCGCUGUCUGCUCAGGUGGCUCGGGAUGAAGGUGUGCCGCAGGAGCACGCUGGUGUUCGCCCUGCUCUGGUUCGGCUCCUGGGUGUUCCUCAAUGGCCUGGUGUUUGUGCACCGGACCAUCCUCUCCGACUACUGCACGGACGACAAGAGCAAGAAGAUCCUGCAGAGAGUGUGUGAGGAGUAUCGCGAGGGCGCCCUAACCGGUGACCUGUGCGAGGACUUGUGCGUGAGCGGCCAGGUGGAGUACAGGCGCUGCCUCUACUACGAGAACGGUAAGAAGGUGAUCGAGGCCCGGUGGCGUGGCACGCCCGUGGUGCUCAAGUCCAAACUGGAAAACUUCUCCUCAUAUGAAAGCCUGGGUCUCCUGGAGUACCAGGACCCAGCCGAAGAGCUCUCUCCCCUGGACGUGGUCUUCUACGCCACCCUGGAGAUCAGGAACUCCCUAGGGCUGGAUAUAAGCAGCAACGCCUCUCUGCCGCCGCUGUGGGGCCAGAGGCUUAGGGAGCAUGGGCAGGCCUACUCGCGGGCCGAGCUAGCAUCGCUGUGGUCCCUGCUCCAGCAGGAGGAGUACACUUUCCUGAGGGUGCUGCAGGACCUCAGCCGGCACUUAGCCAAGGUGUUGGGCUCCUGCGGACACUUCUACGCUGUGGAGUACCUGUCGGCAGGCCACGCCUGGGACCAGAACAUCUUCUCGCUGGAGGAGGUAUCGGCGGGCCCACGGACGGCGAGGGACAUGGUGCACCGCAUCGCCCUCAGCUUCCUGGACAUGGUGUGGCGCUUCGACAACGACUUCUCGCACCGCCUCCACCUGUGUGACAUCAAGCCGGAGAACUUUGCUAUCCGGAAGGACCUUACGGUGGUGGCUAUAGAUGUGGACAUGGCCUUCUUCGAGCCCAAAAUGCGAGACAUCCUUGAGCAGAACUGCACUAACGACGACGACUGCAACUUCUUUGACUGCAUAUCCAAAUGCAACAUGAAGACGAACAAGUGCAGUUCCAAGCGGAGAAAUAGCAACCUGCAGGUGAUCUGUGAGAAGAUCUUUAGGCCCUGGUUCUCUCCCACACUGCUGGGCGCCAAGGCGGGCCUCCCCCUCCAGGUGGACCUCCAGCGGGCGGUGCAAGAGUGCGUAGACACUGCGGGGGGCGAGGACGAGGAGCAAGACCGGGCUGUCCAGAAGCGGCUGCUAGACCUCCUCACGGGCCUCCUCCACCAAGGGACAUCCUCUGAGCAUUGGGGCAAAGGGGGAGAAGAUAGAGAGGGCAUUCACCCUCACACAGCUCUUAACUUCUGAAGCAUUGCACUGUUCACCCUCACAAAAACUAUUCAGUGGAGAAACCAACAGUAUUGGCUUCAUGAGACGCUAAUUUAACAUGUGUUUGAUGUUUUGCAUUUUGUGAGGUGGUUCCUGAGGACUGGAUGAUACUGUUUUUUGAAGUGACAAAAGAUGCCCUGAUGCUGUUAGCACUGACUAUGUGCUUGAGUACCUACAGUAAGCAGACUAUGGCAGUUUCAGAGGUAUUACUGUAGCAUCUGCCAAUAACUGAUGGUCUAUCAAGCAAGUGGUCAUUCUAUUUGAGUCAUCUUUACCUCAAAUAAAUGCAGAAACUUUCUUUUGA